UAUAUUUAGAAAGAGUUUGUCUUUUUCUGAAACGGCCUAAAAAAGUAAAGGAGUAUCAUUUUAACAUUCUUUUCUUAGGAGCUCCUCCCUAAUCAUCUUAAAAAUUUGUCGUCCUCUCUUAUUCUUCAUCUCUCAAUUUCUCCAAUUCUUCGAUUGAGAUAUGGAGUCAUCUAAAGAGACAGGUUGCCGAGCUCCAGAAGGCCCCAUCCUUUGCAUCAACAACUGUGGUUUUUUCGGUAGUGCAGCCACCAUGAAUAUGUGUUCCAAGUGUCACAAGGAAAUGAUACUUAAGCAGGAACACGCAAAAUUUGCAGCUGCAUCCAUCGAAAACAUCGUAAAUGGAAGCUCAAACAGUGUUGAAAAAGAAGCUGUAGAAGCCAUCUCAGCGGAAUUAAAGGUUGUGUCUGCAGAAGCAUCUUCAGAUAUAACCUCAGAGAUUUCAGACGUGAAGCCAAAAGAGGGUCCGAAUAAGUGCACAGCUUGUCGUAAGCGUGUGGGUUUAACAGGUUUCAAUUGCAAGUGUGGAAAUCUUUUCUGUGCAGUUCAUCGUUAUUCAGACAAACACAACUGCCCGUUUGAUUAUAGGAACGCUGGUCAGAAUGCAAUAGCAAAAGCAAAUCCUGUCGUCGUAGCAGAGAAGCUUAAUAAGAUAUAAGAAGCAUGAUGCUUUUACUUCAAAAUCUGUCUAUCUUCCGAUAAGUUGGUCUCGACUUACAGGGCCUCCUAUGAAUAUGCAUGGAUCGUACAAGGCUAUGAAAAUUGGUUUGGGGGCGGGGGGGGUGAGGUUCUUUUCAAGUGCUAGAGCCUAGAUUAUUUCUGCUGUGUAAGUUGUUAUUUAUCUGGUUUGGUGGACAUUUUCAUGGAAUUUGUAAUUUGUCCUUGUUCUUUCCCAUUUCUCUGCUCCAUGUCUAAUAUAAUGUGCAUAAUGACUAUCCCUUUAAAACAAGCACGAUCACAUUUGGAGAGGCCAUUAUUGAAGAUUGUAGAGUGUAAA